GGAAUAGUUCUUGGCUCCCUAAAGUUCCUUGGCUAAGUCCUAGUUUCAUUAUAAAAUGUGAAGGCAGAGCUUUAUCUGGAUUAAGGUUAGACGUCAGUUACUGUGUUGAGAGUUGCCACCAGAACUCUUAACGUAGUCUGAAAAGUGGUGGUGAGAGCAAAAGGAAACCCACACCUGGAAUCAUCUGAUGAAAAUUGUCAAUUCCUUUAGAUAGGAAGCAGCAGAAGCUUCUUUUUAUAAAUUCAAGACAGUGUAAGGGAAUUGACUCUGGCAUUUUAACUCAAUCUUUAAGUCAUAUUUAGCAACUUGCAUGUGACCCUGGGAACAGUUUAAUAAAAGAUGUUGAGGAUCUACAAAGAAACUUAUAGGACGGGGGUGCUGUUUUUUAGUGUUUGUAUUUUCUCUGGUUAUUAGCUAUCAUUUUAUUAAACAUAGUCUAUCCUAGUUAUGUCUCACAGUGUACAGUACAGCAAAAUAUGAAGUCCAUAUCAAGUCAGAAGUUUAUUCCUUCUAAGACUCUUGGAUUAAUUUUACCAUUUAUGCAAUUAAUGUGAAUUUUUUAUUCUUUAUAUUUAGUUCUAAAAAAUAAUCCUCUCAUAUAAAAUUAAAAUUGUAAUUGAACAGCUAUGUCAUUCAUUAUUCUGAGCUAGGUGUUAUAAACUAAGAAGCCAUUGAACCAAAAUUCCUGGCUUCAAAGUCUCAUGGGAAAUGAAAAAGAAAAGCAUUGUGGAAAUAAGAUUGCUUAGCUUUUAGACAUCAGGAACCCUGUACUGCUUUGGCGAAUGUCCUGUGUAGACAGUUGGCCUAACUUUGUUCCAUGAUUGUUUUAAUGGCAUUUUAACACUAAUACUAUCAAUAUGAUUUUCCCUUUAUGUACAUGUCUAAUACUUUACAUUCUUCUUAGAGCUUCAGACUGUCUUUUGCCUCUGAUUUUGGAGGGUGGUGGAGAGUGACAUAAUUUAUUUAUCUCAUUUUCUUGAGACUUUAACAAUAGUUAUGCACUCAUUGCAUAGCUUUUGCCUUGGGAUAUACCCUUGCUACUGUCUAUUCUCAUAUUCUUGCCUCUGCUGCCAUCUUGUGGCCAUUGCAUUUUUGGUUUGAAAGCUUAAAAGUUCACUCUAUUGCCUUUGAAAAAAGUUUUUGUCUUUCCCUUUUGGAAUGGGUACAUUAUCCUUUGGAAAAGGGUUUUUCUUCUAGGACCUUAAAGUGAAAACCCAGCGGAUUCUGGAAGGUGUUCAGGAUUCCCCAGCUACACCAUCGAUGAGGAAAUGGGGUGACACCUUCCCUCUGCUAUCCAUCAAUCAGAGAUAAUACCCGCCUUUCCCUCCCCCAUCCCAUGGGAGGUACAGCAUGUCUUUUCUGUAAUGGCAGUUUCAAAGUAGAUGUUGACAACCUGCUACUAAUUGGGCCUGAGGAACUGCCUCCUGUGCACCUUGAGAAGCAAGUAAUUUUCUGAAAAGCUCCUUGCUUGUCCUAAAAUCCUGUGAGUCUCUGAGAUCCUGGCAACAGAGUGGCACUUUGUGCUGUUUUGAAGCACCUGUAUUUCAGGAUUUUCAUAUGCAGGUCUGGGGCAAAUGAACCUUGGAGUCGUAACAGAGUUUGUCUCCUCAGGUAAAGGUGGCUUUGAUCUUCAUUUUAUGACUGAGGUCAUCUAAUCACAUUGAUUCUAGUAAGGUGAUAGCAGACGGCACCUUGGAUAAAUAAAUAUUGAGAUUGUCCAUCGUUGCCUAGGCAAGCUUUGGUGAAGCCGCCCAUAGGUUAGAUGCAGUCUGAGCUCAGGAGUGGCUCACACACAUCCCUCUUACUUGCUUUCCUUCUGCCUGCUUUCUACAUGGUCUAUUCAGCAGCCUAACAAAAUGACAGGCCCAAAACCCAUAGACCAUUCUGGCAUUGGAUUUGGAUUUAUUAAAUGAGUCUUUGAGAAGUUUGCCUGCGUUUCUGGAGGGCCUGCUAAACUGAUUCACAACACUCCUCCUGGUCUUCCAGCCCUCUAGAGUGCUAGUGUUCAGCCUGAUGAUCUCUGGAGCCCUGGCCAGUUUUCAGAGUGGAAUCAACAAUGAGUGCUAAAUGGAAAAGACCAUUUGCGGCUUAACCUUGGUUUUCCUCUCUAUCUUCACAAGAAGUCACCAUGACUUUUAAAAAACAGAGCUAGGGCCUAUUCAUUCAGUAAAGUGUUAAAAGAAAAAAAAGAUUAGACUUUGUUUCAAGGACCUCUUACCACUUGGAAGAGAUUGCCUAAAAUUCUUUUGCUCUGUUUGGUUAAAUCCAUUGUGAUUCUGAUUGUGCCCUGAGGAAUUCUAGAUUUAUGAGGUAAGGUACCUUUUUCAUUUCUUGGUGCAGGAAUUUGUGAGCCCUCAGUCCUGUUUCAUUUGAGCCUUGUUCCAAAAUCAAGUCCUCUGCCUGUUAUAGAUAAAACAAAACUUCCCUCAUACAGCAGAAAAUAAUGGUACUCUCUUUUUACAUUAAAAAAAAUAGAGGGGGGAAAAGGGAAAGGAAAAACUUUGUGUGGGCAACUGUAUCAUCCAGUAAUAGUUCAUUCAAACCCCAGUUUUUUAAGUACAACCUUCCUGUGUACACCAACCUUGCAGGCAAUAGUAACAUCAGGCUCUUGGCACUAUGCUUAUUUGUCCUUUUCCCUGAGUAGGAGGAAGGAAACGGUCCUUUAAGGUAGUAUGACAGUGUAAUUGAUACUCCCCAGGGGACCUACAAUGCCAGUAUGCCAAGUAAUGCAUAGUUUUUAAAAAGUAGAAUUUAUUGUUAUCAAUAGUUUGCUCACUGAGAAGCUGGUAUCUAAGGACAUACCCUCUAAAACCAUACCUUCCUUGGUUAUCUCGGCACUAGAAUGCUGCUGAGGGUAUUUUGUAUUUAAAUCUCACUGCCUAAGUGUAGUCAGAUCCCACUCUUUCUUAUUAAAUUUCACAUCAGGUCCUCAGCUCCUCGUGAAUUUUCUGCAGUAACUACAUUUCAAACAUAUAUAUCUAUGGAAAUUUCCCUUUACACUAGUUUUUCUGAAUCUCAUUCAUAUUCAGAUAUGAACUCUAAUGUGAUGUUAUUGGCCACCAAGUAGUUGUGUCCUUUUCUUCUGGGCUACAAAUGCUUUAUGCACUGUUUAAUUAUGGGUCGAUAUCACCCACCCCCAAUUCCCAUGCAGUUUCACCUAUUUUUGCAAAGGUAUCAGAAACAUUUGUGCAAGAAUUUAAAUAGUGGGAAAGGGGAUGCCUUUUGCAUGAAAGGGACUACAAAGAAAAGCUGCGCGGGGCUCUGACGCAUAGCUAAGAACGCUUUGGGACUUGUCCUGCAAGUAGAUUGAGUCCCCUUUGGGACAAUUUCAAGGCUUCCUCUUUUUCUUAUGAAAAUAAAGUUUUGGGAAUUCUCAGAUCCCACAGGUUUAAUGGUGGGGAAGUAGACGGCACAAACUCAUUGUGCCUUAAGAAGGCCAAGGAUAACGUCAUAAAAUUCUUAUUCUUGAAAAAAAUGAGAUAGAAUUUCCAUUAAAAGAAAAUUCUUCCUCCAAGGAAGCCACUUUUGGAGAGGCAUAUUGGCAGCUGGAAGUAUUUUAGGACAAUUGAUGGAUAGGGAACAUGUAUUUGAGGAUGUUUGAAGGUAACAUUUCUCUGUAGGAUAACAGUCUCUGUGGGAACUCGAUCCAAAAAUAUUUCUUAAGAAGGAAACCUUUCAUUUACCAAGCAUUUAUUAAAGUAUCCACUUGGUACCCACGGUGACAACCUAAUUGGGAAAUAUUUACUGAGCAUUUCUUUGUGUUAGGCCCUAGGCUAGGGGUCAAAGGAUGCAAUCUCUGACCUUGAGGAACUCUGCAGGGUAGAGGUGAGGGGCAAGUAAACCAGCAGGUACUAGACAGUGAUGAGGGCAUUGCUGAGACCCUGUCAAACUAAUUAGUGCCUUUACAUCAGAGAGCAGUCUACUCUUUGAGGACGCUCAAAAACUCCAUAGGUGGCAUCAGAUGAGAUAAUAGCCUAUUAAAUGUACCUGUAUUUUAUGCAUAUCCUUACCUUGACUUGGGGUGUCUUCCAAGCCAGACUCCUAAGAGCAAAUCCUUAUCACACUGUUAGUUGAGAUAGGUAUUAUUACCCCCACUUUACAGACUUAAAAACUGAUACACAGAGAGGAUCAGGAACUCAUCCAGUUUCACGCUGUUUGUGUGGGGGGUGGGACCAGGGCCUGGAUUAAGCCCUAGCCAGUUUGACUCAGAGCUCUCAAUCUUACUGAGCAGACAGGGACCACUAAGUGAGAGGGAAGUGUGGUGUGAUAUAUAAACAUGACCACUUUAUCAUGCAGUUGGCGUGUAAGUUUAAGAUUUUAAGCAGCAGCGGGGAGAUUUCAGUCUUGGCUAAAAGCUCUGGUGUUACAAAUGAGAGAAUACUUAGCUUUUCAUUAAGUACCCAGAAGCUUGUCUUAUUGUUAAAUCUUUCCUGCCACUAGGAUACAAAAGGAGCACCUUUGCAGUCAACAAAUGGGCAUUUUGAGCAUCUACGGAGUGCUUUUUUGAAUGCGUAGAGGCAGCUUCCCGUUUUGCAUUAGUCUGAAGAUGCCCACAAUUAAUAAUUUCCAUUUAGUUCCCAGUCACUUUCUGCCCAGCAGAUCUGUACACACACACCCUCCACCACCACCACCACCCCCGUCCCCAGUAACAGUUCUCUCAUUUCAGUUUCUUAUCUACUUCGGAGGCCUCACUUUGGAGCCCUUGCUCCAAGAAGUGGCCUUCAUGCUUCAGCUACCAAGGUCCCCUUGCCCUGUUUAUCCUUUUCCUUUCUGGCUCCUGCAGACCCUGGGGCAGGGUGACCUUAUUAAAGACUCUGUGAAACAAAGUUGUCUGUCUUCUCUUCAGAGACACCUCUCCCCUCCUCUACUGGUAAUUCAAAAAGGAACUCUCUGCUUACCCACACUUUCCAUCUCCCUGAAGAGAAGAUGGGUUGGAGUAGUAACACAUGGUCAUUGCUCGUGGUGAACAGCCAGUUACUAUGUAGUGAUUGGAUAGUGCCAAAUCUCAUCCCACCUCCCUGCCUUGAACCACCUGAUCUGGUUUCAGUGUUCCAUGCCUGGCUCUCAGAGGAAGGUGGGAACAUAAAAAAUUACUCAUGACCCUCCCCUCUGUCUCUUUUCAACUUUGCCUUUGUUAUCUUCCUUCUUAUCAGUUUUCACUCCCAGCUCUGCUGUUUCCUUCUAUUCUCUGGAAUCUUCCAAGCAAGCAGCUGUAACUUUGUAUGUCCUCUCCACCCAGCCCCCUCCCCUGCCCCCUGGAAAGACAAGGAGAGAGCACCCUCUCCCUGUGGGGUUAGGCCUCGGUAGCUGUUGUAACCUGAGAAAAGAAGGAAAAGGGCCAGGCCUGUUGAGCCAGCAGUGAGCUCCGUGCGGCCUGCCAGGGGAUAAGAAGCUUGCUCACUCAGCGCCCUCCCUCUCUCCUUUCCCCUCCCCUGCUGCAGCAGGGCCCUCCCCCAUCCGCACACACGGGCUGCUGGGUAAGUGGCAAGAUGGCUCCCCUGCAUGUCUCCGGCUGAUCGCCGCCGCUCCGCCAGUACAAUAGAGCCAGCCACUACCAGCAGCCUGGCCCUCUUCCUCCUCCUUCUCCAGAGAGACCAAUCCAGCCGAAUUCGGGGUUUGCCUGAGGAGAAGGAGGAAGUGACCAUGGACACAAGUGAAAACAGACCUGAAAAUGAGGUUCCAGAGCCCUCCAUGCCUAUUGCAGACCAAGUCAGCAAUGAUGACCGCCCAGAGGGCAGUGCUGAGGAUGAGGAGAAGAAAGAGAGCUCGCUGCCCAAAUCAUUCAAGAGGAAGAUCUCCGUUGUCUCAGCUACCAAGGGGGUGCCAGCUGGAAACAGUGACACAGAGGGGGGCCAGCCUGGUCGGAAGCGGCGUUGGGGAGCCAGCACAGCCACCACCCAGAAGAAACCCUCCAUCAGUAUCACCACCGAAUCACUCAAGAGCCUCAUCCCCGACAUCAAACCCCUGGCGGGGCAGGAGGCUGUUGUGGAUCUUCAUGCCGACGACUCCCGAAUCUCUGAGGAUGAGACAGAGCGUAAUGGUGACGAUGGGACCCAUGACAAGGGGCUGAAAAUAUGCCGGACUGUCACUCAGGUGGUACCUGCUGAGGGCCAGGAGAACGGGCAGAGGGAGGAGGAGGAAGAAGAGAAGGAGCCUGAAGCAGAAGCCCCAGUACCUCCCCAGGUCUCAGUAGAGGUGGCCUUGCCCCCACCUGUGGAGCACGAAGUAAAGAAAGUGACUUUAGGAGAUACCUUAACUCGACGUUCCAUUAGCCAGCAGAAGUCGGGAGUUUCCAUUACGAUUGAUGACCCAGUCCGGACUGCUCAAGUGCCCUCCCCACCCCGGGGCAAAAUCAGUAACAUUGUCCACAUCUCCAAUUUGGUUCGCCCCUUCACUUUAGGCCAACUGAAGGAAUUGUUGGGACGUACAGGAACUCUGGUAGAAGAGGCUUUCUGGAUUGACAAGAUCAAAUCUCACUGCUUUGUGACGUACUCAACAGUAGAGGAAGCAGUCGCCACCCGCACAGCUCUACAUGGGGUCAAAUGGCCCCAGUCCAACCCCAAAUUCCUCUGUGCUGACUAUGCUGAGCAAGAUGAGCUGGAUUAUCACCGAGGCCUCUUGGUGGACCGUCCCUCUGAAACUAAGACAGAGGAGCAGGGGGUACCACGGCCGCUGCACCCCCCGCCCCCACCCCCAGCCCAGCCACCACAGCACCCCAGGGCAGAGCAGCGGGAGCAGGAGCGGGCGGUGCGGGAACAGUGGGCAGAGCGGGAACGGGAAAUGGAGCGGCGGGAGCGAACUCGAUCAGAGCGUGAAUGGGAUCGGGACAAAGUUCGAGAAGGGCCCCGCUCCCGAUCACGGUCCCGUGACCGCCGCCGCAAGGAACGCGCAAAGUCUAAAGAAAAGAAGAGUGAGAAGAAAGAGAAAACUCAGGAGGAACCACCUGCCAAGCUGCUGGACGACCUUUUCCGUAAGACCAAGGCAGCUCCCUGCAUCUACUGGCUCCCGCUGACUGACAGCCAGAUUGUUCAGAAGGAGGCAGAGCGGGCUGAACGGGCCAAGGAGCGGGAGAAGCGGCGAAAGGAGCAAGAAGAAGAAGAGCAGAAGGAGCGGGAGAAGGAGGCGGAGCGGGAACGGACCCGACAGCUGGAGCGAGAGAAGCGGCGAGAGCACAGCCGGGAGAGGGACAGGGAGAGAGAGAGGGACAGGGAGCGGGACAGGGGGGACCGAGAUCGGGAGAGGGACAGGGACCGGGAACGAGGCAGGGAGAGGGACCGCAGAGACACCAAGCGCCACAGCAGGAGCCGGAGUCGGAGCACGCCUGUGCGGGACCGGGGUGGGCGCCGCUAGCGGAAAAACACUAGGGAGAGCUGCAGGCAUCAGCCACCCUGCCCCCGGGGGUUCAAGGCCACAGAGGGAUAGGUACAAUCUCCACCACCCUGGAACCAGGGUGUCUUUCACACCAUUUGCCCAGUGCUGAAGUCUGGCUGCCACCUGUCCCCACAUACCAAAUGGAGCAGUGGCCAUCUCCCCCCCCCCACUCUACCCCCAUAAUCUAUCUCUUGGGACUUAGCCCUCUCCUUCCUCUCAUUUCUCAUUAAGUCUGUGAGAGGGAAGAGCUAGGUUAGGGAGGGAGGUGGUUGGCCCAGAGGUGGGGAACAGCCAGGAGCCCCAAGCCUCUGUCGUUUUUCCUCCGUCCUGCUCCCCACCUCCUUUGGUACUUGCACCCGCCUUUUGGGAACAGCCGGGGCCAGGACUGGGUCACCUAUGAGCUGAAUCAGCAUCUCUUCCUGAGUCCCAGGGCCCCUGCAGUUCCCAGUCUCUUCAGUCCUGCAGCCCUUGCCCCUUGCCGACGGGUUCCACUUUAUAUCCACCUUUUCCUUUUGUUCAAUUUUUAUUUUUAUUUUUUUUAUUAUUAAAUGAUGUGGUCUAUGGAAAAUAAUAAAAAUCUGACUUAGUUUUAA